ACUACAACUUUUUGUUUUGUGAUAUUUUGUACAAAGCUGAGUCAAUUGAUGAAGUUAAAAAUCAUUCGAUGGAUCAAUAAUUAUUAGUCUUUUACUUUUGAUGUGAAAAACCCUAACAAUUUAGAGAUUCUGUAUAGAUUUGCUUUCAAAUGCUAGCUUUCUCUCUUCACUAUUACAUCUCCUAUCUUGUUCCUCAUUUCAGAGUGCACUUCAGACAUUAAUAAGAAUUUGUCGCAAUCCUCCCCGGCCUGAUGCUGUUUGUAGAUAUUCGGAUUGUUCAUAUAAAGCACAGAUUUACCUUACAGAUCCUGACUACAAAGGAUAUAUACGGCUUAUCUGCCUUGAAAACUGUAAAGUAGACUUCCAUCCAGUCUGUUGGAAAAAACAGAAGGGCAUUGAAGAAGGGAAGACCGGAGACAAGGACUUCCUGGAUGACACAUGCAUGACCCCAGACUGUGUAGGCUCUGUAAUCAAUGUUCAGAUCUAUGAUUCUGACGGACUUAAAACGGAGUUUAAAACCGAGAAGUCAACUGCAAAGCUGGAAGCCAAACCCAAAGCUGCAAAGCCAAAUAAAGUUAAACCAAGUGUUCCUGGAGCUAAACAGAAGAAGAAAAAGGAAAAGGAUGAACUUAAGAUUGAAGAAGAAGCAAAAACGUCAGACACUGCAGAAGAAAAGGUGGUCAAGAACCCCCAACCCACUCCUCCCAUACCAGUGCAAAGAGAAGAGAAACCUUCCAACAAAGACCCCAGCCACGUGGAACAAGGGGGAUAUACCUCAUCAGAUGCCAAGAUUCCAUCAGGUGAAGGAGUCUUUAUCUUGAAGAAAGAUGAUGACGAAGAACCAAAUAAGGGAUUGCCUCUAAAAGGAGUGAACAAGGCCAAAACCAAAAAGAAGAAGCUCAAGAACACACAGACCUUGGAUGAAUUCCUCAAGGAUCAUGGUGGACAGCAAACAUUUAGACCAGCCUUUGGCGAAGAUGGCGACGACUUGUGUGAAAUCCCAGCUCCUAAAUGUAAAUUUGUUACUCCACCGCCGGGCUGGAGUCAGCAGGAGAUGGAAGCACCGUUCGCUAUUCCUGCACACCUACAGGGAGAUGCAGCCGAGCUGGACGCAAGCUUCAUGGCUAUGGAUCCCGCUACGUUUUCUUUUUCGUUAAGCGCAGCCGCUCCUCCUCCUCCUCCUCCUCCUCCACCGCCGCCGCCGCCGCCCCCGCCGUCGCCGCCACCGCAGAUUGACCUGAAAGCAGUCACAGAAUACGUGAGCUCAAUGUUGCAGGAGAUUUUACGAGUCAAUGGAGCUCUGGAGCUGGCUGACCCAUACAUCAUGCAACCUUUAAGCAUUUUACCAGACAAUUAUCAGGACAUUAUUUCCAAUGCGGGAGGACUUAGGCCGAUUCUAGAACAAUCUGGUAAAUUUUUGUUUGAUGGUAACAGGGUUAUGCUUCCUGAAGACAAAGAGAUCGAAGACUUAGUAAAAUCCUUAAAACCUAAGCCGAGUAACAAUCCGUUCCUCGAGAGAACGAUGAUGAAUGGAAGUAAAAACAACGAUGCAAACUGUCAAAAUGGAUCUCGUGAUAGUAAAUCCAUAUGCGGUGAUGGUUCUGUUGUGGCUGAGAUACUCGAAAAUGGAGCAUCAGAUGACUUCUCUUUUCCUUCUUCAAUUUCUCCUCCGUUAAACCCGGAUGCCAAGGAAUUUUUGUCGUCAUCUCAAACGGAUUCAUUAACAUUUAGCUCGUCAAUGACUUCUCUAGCCAACGCGAACUCCACUUUAAAGGAUGUUGAAUUAGUCGAUGAUCAAAUCGAGGACGAAAAAAAUGCGAUUAUACAGCAAAUGGAGCAGACUUCCAAUGGAAACACUGCAGAGGAAAACGUUUUGGAAAGUGAUCACCUUAGCGAAACAACGAAAAAGACCGUUAAAACUCGGCGGGAUGAUUUUGCGGACAUUUCCAGUGGCACAGUCACUUUAAUAGCCAAGCCAUCCUCUAUUAAUGGUAAAAAUUUUGAAGAUUCGAGUUGUGAUCUGUCUCAAGCUAUGCUUGCUGUCGAAACAGUUGAAAAGCAGACAGUCGCACCAGCUGCGGGCGAGGACACCACGCCGGUGCAAACUAGCAAUCAUAAACUUGAAGGCAGUAGCUCCAGUGUUGAAACUGUGAUAACUAGCAAGACCAAAGCAGUUCAAACACAGCCUAAUGUGAAAAGCAAAGGCGUGGGAACGGAUCCCAUCCCUGAACCUUUUAAAGCUGAAUAUCAGAGAGCCGCGGCUGAAAAAGAGGCAUUGCAAGCCCGGCUACAGGAAAACACUGAAAGGCAUAACGCCUUACUUAAUAAGAACACUUCUGAGUGCGAGAAAGUUAAGAAGAAGCUGGCGGAUGCAUUGCAAGAGAAAGAGAAAUAUUCCAAAGAAGUGCAGGAGGUGAAACAGAAAAAUCAGGAGGAAAUACGAAAACUGCGUCAACAGUGUGAAGACAAAGAUGAUAAAAUCAAAACCUUGAAUCAUAAACUGCAGCAAGACGCAGACGAAAAAUCCAACCUGGUUAGCAACCUUAAGAAGGAACUUUCAUCUUGUAAAGGACAAUUUACAUCUGAGAAGGACUCUUGGAAUAAGGAACGCGCUGAAAAAGACGAGUUGUUGAAAAAUGGUAAACUACAACUUACACAGCAACAGGCAAGAGCUCAAGAAGCAGAGAUCAAGCUGUUGGAGCUUCGUCGCGACGUUGGCUUGAGGUUUUUGGAAAGAGCGUACCAAGAAUCACACAUAACGAUCAACAACUUGAUACAAGCUGUAAAUGCCAGGAUUGCAGGCCCGAAAGUGGAGGAGUUGAUUGCUACAUGGAAGAACUAUGCCUCUGAAUGCCAUCAGAGAGUCGUGCAGUGCAAGGCAACGUUUAAUGAACAGAUUGAGCUUCUAAAAACUGGCAGGACACUGGCAAGUGUACCUCAACUGACCAUCCCAGGGCCUCCUCCAUAUCCAGCCAUUCCAGUUUUACAGUCUUUGGUACCAGGACAGCCUCAAAACCAACCUCAACCCCAGCCUCCUGCGGAAACCAGUAGCUCAGCUCCUAGGACAUCCGACGCUCCUGUCCCUAGCACUUCUGCUGGUGCUAAGACGGUAGGCCCUUCAGCUGUGGCUUCAGCUGUGGCCCCACUUGCGGCUGGUACUACUUCCGUAAACGGAGACAAGACCCCUGUCGCCGUUGCCCCUGCUCCGGUAGCUGGAGCUGCUGCUGCUGCUGCUGCUAUGGCUGGAGCUGCUGCUGCUGCUACGGCUGGAGCUGCAGCUGCUGAUAAGGCAAGACCCUCGAAUAGCUUUGAGAAGAUUAUGCUGCGUCUCUCAACCAUGUACCCAAAUUUCACCAGGUUGGAACUGACUGGGUUUAUCAAGGAGGUACGCCAUAAUAAACAUGGCUCCCUCACUGGGCUCUCACUGGAGGAUAUCGUUGCUAGUGUAUCGGAACUUGUGGAGCAGAAGAAGAAGGCUGGUUUAUUGCGAACUGCUCCUGUGCAACCUGGCAACAACAGUCCCACCACUCAACGAGCAUCCAAACCCGUGAUGCCACAGAAGACCCAGCCAAUCCAGGCCUUCAAGCCUGCGGCAGACGCGUCCAAGAUGGUGGCGAUUGGCAGCGGAAGCUACGAAGAGGACCCCUGUGUCAUUUGUCAUGAGGACAUGAAUGCGUCCUUUGAUAUUGUUACUUUAGAAUGCGGACACAGAUAUCAUUCAGCGUGUAUCCGUAAGUGGUUGGUGGGAGAGCAAAGCACAUGUCCAACUUGCCGUGUUCACGCUCUUCUACCGGACGAGUUUCCUCGUCUCAAGUGAGGAUGAAGUUUUACUGGAAUCAAAAUCUGAAGAGUCAUUAUAUAAUGUUCAGAACAGGCCGCCAUAUUAUGGUUUUUGUACUGCAGAAACUAGAAAACGUCUAGGCGCACAGAAGCGAAAAAAAGUUGUCUACGCUUUGCAGUGAUAAUUUUACAAGUAGAACAACUCAAUGCAACAUUUUGAAGUUAAUUUAUGUUGACAGCUUAAGUCAGUUAAAUUGCAUUAUACCAUGUACCAUUCAUGGAUUACGGUAAUUAUUACAACAUUUAUGAAUCAGCGUUUAUAAGCCAUACAACAGUAAAGAGAAUUAUAGUUGUUGUGGAACAGUUUUAUGUCUUUGCGGAAUCGGGCGGGUGUAGGUUGCUUGCGAACGCAGACGGACUUCCUGAAACAACCAGCGAAAAUCCACGAGCAUUUCAGGUUAACCAGCCGUUUAUGGGAACGAGUAAACGCGAAAUCAACCUCUGCGUGGGUCGCUGAAGAUCUGCUUGGACUGGUUUAUAAGUUACUCGCGGAUUCAAGAGCUAUAUUGUCUUUAAGAGAUUUUUUCUUUUUUCACUGUACUCUUUGGAUAAGUGGUUUUCAUAUUUGUUAAACACAAAUAACUCUGUGCUCACCAGUGUUAUUUUAAACCAGAAGACCAUGUUGAUUGCUUUUUUAGAAAUCAGUCUUAAUUAAUAAACUGUAGAAACAGUC